AUCUAAAGGUGAAAGAAAAUUAAAAGCGGAGAAGAAACUGUCUCCAUUCUUUCUGUUUCCUGAGUCCUGGCAUCUUGAUAAGUUUAUCGGACUUGAUAAUGCUUAAAUAAGAUAAGAUGCCUCCUAAAGCUAAACCUGUACCGAAAGCUGCCGCUAAACCAGCAGCUAAAGCGACAACAUCUACUAAAGCUGGGACAGCGGCAAGAAAACCUGGGACGACUGGAAAAGCUGCACCAGGUGGAUCCAGGAAAGCUGGCCCAGCAGCCAAAGGCAGCAAGGAUGCAGCCAAAUCAGCCCAGAAGGCUCCAGCCAAGCCCAAACCCCCAAGCAAGGAGCACCUGGCCUCCGUGCAGAUCCAGAAAUGGGUGCGGAGGUUCCUGGCCCAGUGCAAGCUCCAGAAGAUGAAGAAGGAGAAGGAGGAUUACGAAGAGAUGGUGGAGAAGCUGGAGAAAGAGGCUUUCCUUGCAAUCGUGAGGAAAGAACAGGAGAAAGCAGAGGAGGAGCACAGGAAGGAGAUGGAGAUGAGAAGGAGGAAGAAGCAAGAGAAGACUUGGGAGAAGACGAUGUUAGAAUCUGCAUUUGAUGGCAACAUGGAUGACGUUCUGACUGUUUUGAAAGAGGUCGAUGCUCGUGAUAAUACUGAUGGUGUCUCGACUGAUGAAAUUGGCCGGUCGAUCCGUGCGCGUCACCAGCUAGCCAUGGUCAACUGUGAAGAUGCCAAUGGGAACACACCCCUCUCAGAGGCCUCCAGCGGUGGUGCUACAGAGGUGAUUCAGAUGUUGAUCGAUAGAGGAGCGGAUAUCAAUCAGAAAGGCCAGUUUGAAAGGACACCACUUUAUAGAGCUGCAUUCGCUGGCCAUUUGGAAGCCGUUCAGACGUUGCUCCAGAACGGAGGCGAUCCUCGCAUCUACGCCAAUGAUGGAGACAAACCUGAACAGGUCGCUUCUCAGGACGCCGUCAAGAACCUCCUGGAAUCGUGGGAUGUGUCCAUGACAGAGUCGUUGCUAAGCAACAUCGAGAAGCUGAAGGACAAGAGAAGGGAGGAAGAGACGAAGAGACAGAAUGCUGAGAUGGCAAAGUUUGAGAACCAGUUUGCUGAAGCACAGAAGGUCCACGAUGCCAUGCAGAAACUGCUGAGCAGAGCUUACUGUGAGCUGGAGAAAAGAAUCGUGGAACACGAUAAAUGUAUGCUGACAGGAUUCAAGACUGAUAUUACUUUACAAUGUGUGCAUGAUGCUGAGCAUGAACUCGAGAUGGCGAAGAUAGCAGCCGAUGAAGCAAGGAAUAAAGUGAACCAAAUCAAACUACAGAUGAGAGAACAAAGGAAAGCUGCCAGUGGAGAGGAUGAGAUUGGUGUGAAGGUGAACUUUAAGGAGCUCAAUGACGUGUUGCUAAGAGACGUCGGAGGCAAGAUCAAGUCUGACGGUCGCUGGCCGAUGCUCCUGGACCCCUCUGGGAGGGUGUCAACAUUUCUCCGUUAUCAGGAUACCAACUUCAUCAACGCACUCAACCCAAAUCACAUGGAACCGGAGGUUAUAAGAAGCGCUGUAUUAGGGGCUGUAAGGUAUGGCAAGCCAUUUGUUCUGGACUUCCUGGAGGUGAACAUGUUUGAGACGUGCGUGUCAAGGUUUGAUGAAGUCCAGCCAGGACUCCUGGAAGACAUCCUCAACAAGAGUAUCCUGGAGAAGGAAAAAUAUCUGUACCUCGUGAGGGAGAGCGAUGGGGAGGAAUACAACAAGAACAAAUUCAUGCAGAGCCGGACCCAGAACUUCAAGAUGUUCCUGGUCUCCAAAAAUGAACUGGAUGAUGAGAUAAUGGACAGAUUCUAUGUACUCAGGGUAGUGCUAGGUUGAAUUCU